GCGGGCUUCCCAACGGUCGAAAUUACGGAUUUUGUAAGCGUCCUCCCCCUGUCGCUGCUUGCAUGAAUUUCGUUCGUUGGCGUCUUCCCUCUCGCACAGUGUGUCUCUGCUCGCCGCAAUUGCGACAACGGUUCUGUGCCGGCUGACCUGACGUUGAUGGCAGACCUGUACGGCAGGCUGCCUUUGCUGCUGCUCGUCGCUCUGCUGCUGCUCAUCGUUGUCGUCUUCCACAUCUGUUUCCUCGGUCGUGUUCCUGGAAGGAAACAGACGCGUCGAACGCCGAAGAGGUCGACGAAGAUGGAUAAGCUUCAGACGAAGACGACGAUGUCGGUGGGAGGUGGGGGGUCCUCGCGUCAGCGUUGCAACAGUGCGGAAGGCGGCAGGCGGUCGUACGACCCGAUGCUGUACAGCCACCUGCCAUCCCACGAGAUUCCAUUGCCUCCGAGUGACGACGACGUCGACGACCCAAGAUCCUCAACGGUUCCUCUGGGCAGCGGCUCGACGCAGGAUUGGAUGGGGAGCCAGGUGUACAGACACGCAUCGACGCCGACGUACACUGAUUUGCUGGAGGGACGGACCCCCGCUGGUUACGACGCUGGACUCGUCGAUCUGAGCUUCAGUCUGAGGCAAGAAGUGCGGCGAAGAAUCGUUGGCAGGCGACGGAACAAAAAGCAGGGAUUUUUGGACAGUGGAGCAUAUGAUAGCUCUUAUCAGAGCCAAAAGAGACCAGGGCAUCUGGCCGGCCUGGGGCACAACUACGGACGGAUGAAGACGAAGACAUGGAAGUGGGAGGACGUGGAGAAGAGGCUGGUGCAGAUGGGGGUGACGAGUAGGAAGGCCGUCGACUGCGGAAAGAAAUGGGACAACCUGUACGAGCAGUUCAAAUCCGUGCACAAGUUCAUGGGAGAGUCCCGGAAGCCUAACUUCUUCACACUAACACCGGGGGAGAGGAGGGAGCGGGGGUUCGACCUUAGGAUGGAUGAGCGCAUGUGUUCGGAGAUGAAGGCGAUGUCCGGGGGCGAUCACACUAUACACCCCACGAAUCUCGCGGACACGGGUGCGUCGGGAGGUGUUCAAUUGCCUGGCACGGUUGGUGGGCGAAACGAAUCCGGCGGUAGUGACGUAGGGGGGGGCGGUCAGGACGACGAUCGCGGAUCGACGAGGGAUUCGUCGUUCUCCGGCGGUGGCGGUGGCGGGGCCGGCAAACGAAAGAAUGUCAGACAGCAGACCUUCGAGGCGAUGACGGAGGUCAUAAAGGAGCACGGGGCGCUGAUGUCGACGACGGUGGACAGCGCGAGCAAGAGGCAGCGCUCGAUUCUGACGAGGCAAUGCGACAUUCUGGAGAGAGAGAUACAAGUGUCGAAGGAUCACUACGAGAAGGCUGACCAGGCGAACUUCAUGAUUUGCAACGCCCUCAUGGAGAUUGCUAAAGCGAUCCGCGAACGAGCUUGACGUGGGUCGACCAGGCAUGUCGAACGUCCGGAGGCAUGGCCAGUGUGCGCUUCCGGCACGUCG